AAACACUCGCAGCGGUGAAGAGAGAUCAGAUCACACAACCGAGCUGCUGCUGGCCGCUUUCAGUCCACGUCUGCCUCGGGAUCAUGCAGUUAGACUUUUUGGAGUCUGUGCAUUUGCAGGUAUUCGGAUUAACAUGUGGAGGGGUGCGUGAGUGAGUAAACAGGCUCGAUUAAAGCGCAUUUGUCCAGGACGUGUGUGAAGCUUUGAUGUACACGCUGAUGGGAGAUCAGAUUACAGGCGUCAGACCGCAGUCUUUCAUCUGAGCUUUAACUUAAGUGCUGGACUCGGGACGGGUUCAGACCUCAGCGGCGAGCGCGCUGGAUCGCAUCCUGAACAGCUUUCCGUAGGAGAUCGGAAUCUCACGAGCGACGCGUUAUCGUGUAUGUGGGAAAGACCUUUCAGAAUGCCUCAGGCACGGAUCCUCUCCCGGUUUACUCUUUACAGGAUACUUAUUCUUCCACUGUGUGUCAUGUUUGCAGUUAUGGCAGAGGAGAGAAGAGAUUGCAGGGAACAGGAAUACAAGGAUAAGUUUGGGAGCUGUAUUCCCUGCCGGCAGUGUGAUGCUGGACAAGAGCUAUCUAAGGAAUGUGGCUUUGGCUAUGGGGAGGAUGCCCACUGUGUGCCCUGCAGAGCCAGUCGCUUCAAAGAGGACCGCAGCCUGCAGAAAUGCAAGCCCUGUCUGGACUGUUCCCUACUCAACCGCUUCCAGAAGGGGAACUGCUCCACCAUGAACAACGCCAUAUGCGGAGACUGCCUGCCUGGAUUUUACAGAAAGACGAAGUUAAGUGGAUUUCAGGAUAUGGAGUGUAUCCCAUGUGGAGAUCCGCCGCCACCAUAUGAACCACACUGUAUGGGGCGAGUAAAUCUUGUCCCGUUCCAGUCUCCAGUGACCAGCCCCAGAGACAUGGCUCUAGCUGCCGUCAUCUGCAGUGCGCUGGCCACAGUCCUGCUCGCCCUCUUCAUCCUGUGUGUCAUCUACUGUAAGAGACAACUGCUGGAGAAGAAACCAGUUUCAUUGAGGUCACAUGAAGGUCCUUACUUGGGUUCAGAGUUGUCUUGUCUGGAUCGGCGAGUUCUGGAGUUUUCCCAGCGGCCUUGCUGUCACUGCCGUCACGGAUCAGGACAGACCUGCGGUCCUGUACACCUGAUCCCGUCUCUGUGCUGCGAUGACACCUGGAGCCAAAGCCGUGGCCGUGAGAGUCGCCCCUUUCACUCUCAGAGCAGUCUCAAUGAAGGACUGGUGAACCCAUCACUGGGAAGCAGCCAGGCAGAAGUAGGAUGUGCACCUGAUGAGGCCUGGCCGCUCGUUCAGUCCAAUACAACCACAGACGAUCUCCAGAAUGCCACACAAAGGGAAGAGGACGAGGAGCGAGACCUGCAGAUCUCAGGCCUGAGCCCAGAUGAGCAUGAGGAUGGGUCAAACAGUCGGCUUCUACUGCAACAGCUGUCUGCAAUUGAAGGAUGACCUACUCUUAUCUCACCUGUUGUUGGCCUCUGAGAGCCACUCUGGAGGUAGAAAGAGCAAAGGAAGAUCCCACCUCAGAUUACAUCAGGCCACACACACUGAGAACGUGUGUUUUGCCGUCUUUCUCCAGCAGUGUGUGACGCUCGCCAACAGCGCUUUAAAGAGACUUUAUUAAUGUGUAAACAAAACCACUUGAGAAAAGAUUCUCUCUUUUGUAAAGGAAGCACUAGACGUUUAGUUAUUUACCCCAGCACUGACUACCUGUUCAGGUGGGUUGAAGUUAAGGUUUGGCUGCAGGUAUUAGUUGCAGUCGACCUGAAUGGUUUGCAGACUCUUUGCAGUACAUUCCAGUUCCAUAGAUCAAACUGUGCAUGUGUGUGUGUGAUCUCCAGUGUGCUGAAUUGUAGAUAUUGUAUUAUAGGAAAUAGAAGGACAAUAUUUUUUAUAAUGUAGAUACUCAUCUUGUGCCUUCACUCUUGCUUUUUUUUUUUUUAUUGAUGGUUGGUGAACUCAUAAAAACAGUAUGAAUUUUGUGGCUCAUCAAAUUUGUAAAUAAAACUUUACAAGAUUU